CUAGGGUCAUUCUGAGUCAGAAUUGAUUUGAUGGCAUCAGGUUUGGGUUUGCUUUAGGGGUCAGAAAAGGGUUCUCUGAGGAAGUGGUAACUGAGCUGAGAUCUAAAGGAAGCAAGCCAUUAACUAAGCAAAGAAGGGGACAGUCUGCCAGCAGACAGAACACGUGUGUGGGUUCUCUGGUGGAGAUAAGGUACCAUCAGGGAUCCAGAUGGAAGACCCAGUCCAAGGUGAACAGCAGCCAGAUUGUGCAAUCUUAAAGCUUUUGGACCUUUGAGUAAUGGAAGGCCAUAGAGAGGUUUUCACCAAGGGGGUACGUGAUCAAAUCAGUGUUUAGAAAAGCUCAUUCUAAUUGUGAGGUUAGGAGAGAGAUUAGGAGCAGAGGAGGGGUGGGCAAGAGAGAAAUUAGUGGGAACUGUUAGGAGGCUUUUGCAUGUGAGGUCGGGGGAGAGAUUAGGGUGGCUUGGUCUCAGAUGGUGAUGGCAGAGAUGGAAAAGGGGCAGAUUGGGGAGAUUCUGGGAGGCAAUCACAAAUAGGAGUCAAGUCAUCAGGACUUGCUAAUAGAUGGGCCAUGAAUGUAGGAUUAUUGGUGGUGAUGAAUACCCAGGGUAAGGUGCUACCCACAGAGGGGCCAUGCUUCAUAGGGUGCUGCAGUUUGGGGUGACCCAUGGCCUCUUGGUCCAGCGCCUGGUUCAUCCAGGUGGAGAUGACAGGUCAGGUGAAUAUAUGCAUCUGGAGCUCAGGGGAGAGAGAGAGCUGCCCACAGAUUGGGGUGGAAAGGUGUCUGAGAUUAAGAAGAAGAUCCGGUCAGCUCUGCCUGGAGGGUCCUGGGAUGCACCGUAUGACACCAGCCACCUACCCCCCGAACACGCAGACGUGGUGAUCGUGGGAGGUGGGGUGAUUGGCCUGUCUGUGGCCUAUUGGCUGAAGAGGUUGGAGGGGCGGCGAGGUGCCAUUCAGGUGCUGGUGGUGGAACGGGACCACACGUAUUCACAGGCCUCCACAGUGCUUUCUGUGGGAGGGAUUCGCCAGCAGUUCUCCCUGCCUGAGAACAUCCAGCUGUCCCUCUUCUCAGCUGGCUUCCUACGUAACAUCAACGACUACUUGGCCGUAGUCGAUGACCCUCCCGUGGACCUCCAGUUCAACCCCUCAGGCUAUCUGUUGCUGGCUUCAGAAAAGGGUGCUGCCGUCAUGGAGAGCAACGUGAAGGUGCAGAGGCAGGAAGGAGCUAAAGUUUGUCUGAUGUCUCCUGAGCAGCUUCGGAAUAAGUUCCCCUGGAUAAACACAGAGGGAGUAGCCUUGGCUUCUUAUGGGAUGGAAGACGAAGGUUGGUUUGAUCCCUGGAGUCUGCUGCAGGGGCUUCGGCGAAAGGUCCAGUCCAUGGGGGUCCUUUUCUGCCAGGGAGAGGUCACACGCUUUGUCUCUUCAUCUAACCGCAUGGAGGACGCAAGUGGGGAAGAAGUGACUUUGAAAAGGAUUCACGAGGUCCACGUAAAGAUGGACCACAGCCUGGAGUACCAGCCUGUGGAGUGUGCCAUAGUGAUCAACACAGCCGGAGCCUGGUCUGGGCAGAUCGCAGAGCUGGCUGGUAUUGGGAAGGGGCCCCCUGGCACCCUGCAGGGCACCAGGCUCCCUGUGGAGCCGAGGAAAAGGUAUGUGUACAUAUGGCACUGCCCCCAGGGACCAGGCCUGGAGACUCCCCUUGUAGCAGACACCAGCGGAGCCUAUUUUCGCCGGGAAGGCCUAGGCAACAACUACCUAGGCAGCCGUAGCCCCACUGAGGAGGAGGAACCAGACCCAGGGAACUUGGAGGUGGACCACGAUUUCUUCCAGGAAAAGGUUCGCAGCGCUUGGGCAGGCUACUACGACUACAACACCUUUGACCAGAACGGUGUGGUGGGCCCCCACCCCCUAGUCCUCAACAUGUACUUUGCUACGGGCUUCAGUGGUCAUGGGCUCCAGCAGGCCCCUGCUGUGGGACGAGCUGUGGCAGAGCUGGUGCUGAAGGGCAGCUUCCAGACCAUCAACCUGAGCCCCUUCUCCUUCAGCCGCUUUUACUUGGGGGAGAAGGUCCAGGAGGCCAAUAUCUACUGAGCUGGUGAGCUCUGCCCUGGACCCCAAUCCCCAUG